AAUGGCACACGCGGGGGCGAUGCUGCAGGGGCGCAGCUCUGAGUCCUAGAUGCUGAGCCUGGGUCGCCACGGCCUCCUCCCCUUCUCAGCUUCCUUCUGGGAUGUAAAGCAGCCUGCCAGGGCUGUUUUUCUGCCUGCCACGUUUUGGUGACCUCUGAGUUUGAAGACUCCACCCUUGGUCACCUACCUGGAUUAUGCUCGUGGCUUUCCUGCCUGAUGAUUCUUUUGCAGCAGGUCUGGCUUCCUUUACCUAAUCAGCCCUCAACCUCUCCUCCUAUGUCAGUGGCUGCCAGGCCCACAAGGACCUUGCAGCUCCCGCCACAGAAGGCUUUUGGGCAGGAAGCAUCCUUGCCUCUGGCAGGGGAAGAGGAUUUAGCUAAGAGAGGGGAGCCAGACUCUGCCCUGGAGGAGCUGUGUAAGCCCCUCUUCUGCAAACUCUGCAAUGUCACCUUGAACUCCGCUCAGCAAGCCCAGGCACACUAUCAGGGUAAAAACCAUGGCAAGAAACUCCGAAAUUAUUAUGCGGCUAACAGCUGUCCUCCUCCAGCCAGGGUGAGCAGCGUGGCAGAGCCUGUGGCCACACCCCUCGUUCCCGUCCCUCCGCAGGCGGGCCCCUGUAAGGCAGGGGGCAGGGUGAUCCUGGCUACAGAGAAUGACUACUGCAAGCUGUGCGACGCCUCCUUCAGCUCCCCUGCCGUGGCGCAGGCGCACUACCAGGGGAAGAACCACGCCAAGAGACUUCGUCUGGCCGAAGCUCAGAGUCACUCGUUCUCGGACUCCGCAGAGGCAGGGCAGCGGCGGCCUCGGAAAGAAGGGAGUGAAUUUAAGAUGGUGGCCACCAGGAGGAAUAUGUACACAGUGCAGAGCAAUGCAGGCCCUUACUUCAAUGCGCGCUCCCGGCAGAGGAUCCCGCGAGAUCUGGCCAUGUGCGUCACUCCAAGCGGCCAGUUUUACUGCUCGAUGUGUAACGUCGGAGCUGGCGAGGAGGUGGAGUUCCGGCAGCAUCUGGAGAGCAAGCAGCACAAAAGCAAGGUGUCGGAGCAGCGCUACAGGAGCGAGAUGGAGAACCUGGGCUAUAUUCAGUGACGGCCGUCCUCACGGAGACACCCGCCCUGCCUGUUUGCCUUCCGUCCACCUGCCUUGCUUCGUGGUCCUCCAUGCGUACAUUCCUCAUUUCUCCGCUUAGUGCGAGUGACCUGCAGUGGUGCCGGGGCCGUCGGGCCGGGGUCGGGGAGGGAGGUGUGUUUCUUAGGUCCCGAGGAUGCUCUUAUGGGCCAGCUGUGUCAAACAACUCACAGUGGUGUGUGAGCCUCCUGCCCCAUCAGGUGUAACUUUCCCAUCUUGGCCAAGUUCUGGUUAAGCAGCAGUAGCCUGACCAUGUCGAGUUACGAUUACUUAAAGAUGACAUCUACUUUUGCGGAUUUAGGUUUACGCACAUUAGAGGAACUGACUUGAGUUCUUACUUCCAGUUAUAGAGAAAACAGGUAAACAGAGAUUCCCGUUUCCGGAUGCUCCUGGGAACCGUUACCACCACGGUGUGGUGUCAGUAAGAUGCGCUGUUAGGUGUGUGCCAGGGUCUCCCGGCAGCACCUGGUUGGUUCCCUCGGCAUAUCCCACCUUCCAUAAUCGACACCUAGGUUUCCGUGAAUUCAUACGCGUCCAGAGUACUGUGUUCUUCUGAACACGUCACCUCACCUCCAGUUGUGAACCGCACGCAUCGUUCCUGGCUCCUCCCCUACUGGUCAGCUUCUCUGAUCUCCCCUCUCAUGGCCUCUCGGUGAGGCAGUUUCGGAGACCCAGAUUUGACUGGCUAAUGAGUUGAAGGUGGAUGUUCUUUUAGAAAAUAUAUUUUCAGAUGAUUCAAGGAAAUGCAAAGAUGUGUUUGAGGUUUCAAUUUGGAAUUCUGUUUUCACCGAUGAUUAUGUGAACUCAUGGGAUAGUCAUUUUGUGGCUUUUUGAUUGUAUCCUGACAUUGCUCUGACAGGUAAUGGGCAUGCCUGGAAAACACCCGUCUGCUCAAUUGCUCUGCCUUCCUUCCUUCCUUCCUUCCUUCCUUCCUUCCUUCCUUCCUUCCUUCCUUCCUUCUUUCCUUCCUUUCUUCCUUUUUUUUUUAAAAGCUGAUCAAGUUUCAGUGUCAUUUUUCCAAUAGAAAAACACACAACCAUUACAUUUUCUUCUUUGCCUCCUUGAAGAGACUGAAAACACAGAUGACUUUGGUGUCUAAUGAUUAUAAUGGGAUUCUUAUUUUUUAAAUAAAAAGCCAUAGUGUCUGGGUUAGACAGACUGAUGGAGUGUUAUGUGAACUGGUGUUCACUGUGUGUCCUUUGUCCUUUCUCCUUCACCUGGGUAAGGUCAGCAUGCCCGGGCUUCUUAGGGAAGCGUGCUGCUGCAGGAGGCUGACAGCAAGCAGUAUUUUUGCACUGUAACAAAUACAUAUAUAUCCUUCUUCAGCCACCUGAGAAUUCUCCGGGCAGAUGGAGAGGGAGCAGACACUCAGCUGCUUCCUCUCCAGUUUUGUGUUAGAGUAGUUCAGACCCAUAAUUAAAGGUUAAUUUCAUGCUUAGCUUCUGAAACCGUACCUGGUUCCUUUCUCCUGGUGAAAUGCUGGUCUCUGGAAAGGUGGAGCUAUUUGGUUAAGUAUUUCCCCCUUAGAAACAGAAGAAAGAACAGUGUUCAAGAUUUGAUCUCCAUUUGCAAUUCCUCAUACCCAGAACCCCUCCUGUGGCCAUCUACAAAACUGGCCAGUUUAGGACAAUUUAGGGUCUAUCUCGUUAGCCAUUUGGUUGCUCAUUUUGCUGCAAAAUAUAAUUCUUCAGUAAACUUAAAUAUACUGCUGGCCACUUGGUUCUGUGACCGGUUAACAGUUUCAUCUGUUGUCUCUGCAGGGUGUGGGUCUGUGUGUCUCUCUGUUUGAGUCUGAAGCUACAGCCCUCCCCCUUGCCCUCCCCCAGUUUUACAUGAAAUCCCAGAGAGAAUUUCACCUCUUCUUUAUCUCAGAUAACAUUCAAAGAUUCUGGGUAUGGAUUUAUAUUUUAUAAAAGUGACAUUCAUCUGCUUUGAGUUUUUUUUCCCCCUCUGGGAAUCAAGUCAAAGGAUGCCCCCUCACCCCCAAACCCCUAAAUACUCUCCUCCUGUAUAUACAGAAAACAGUGGACUUAAGGGCUUGAUAUGUUUUCAAGCCUCAUGAAUUCAGGUUUCUAGUCUCCCAGUGCCCUUAAUGUAUGUUAGGGACGCAUAAAUGUGGUUUCUUUUAGGGUGAAAUGUUAGAUUUAUAGCGUUAUUUCUAUAUUCCUUUGUACUAGAGAGAGUGAUGCGUUUGGUUUAUGACACUCCAGUGCCAGGUUGCCUAUGAUAACUCAGUUUGUUUCCGAACUCUGGAAAUCUUUACAGUCAUCGUUAGAGGUUCUGUGGACGUCCAAAACACUUUGAAGUUCCCUGGCCAAGGCUGUAUUGUCCUUACUUGUAUUCAGUGGGUAGGGCAGGGGCUAUCAGAGUGGCACGGGGCAGUUUCUCUCCCUAAGUGAAUGCUGUAUGGACAGUGUCCCUUCCUUGUCUGAUCAAGCUAUGGUGGCAUCUGAGUCAGUGAGGUGAGCUCUCCGUUGGCUUCAUUUUGCUGUGGAUUGUCCCCCUGUUCCCCACAUUAUGGUGUGUCACAGCCAGGGACGGACAGAAGUGUCAACAAAUGGAGACCUUAGUCCAAAAUUAAGUAGGUUUCGGUUUCAUCAAUUAUUUGUAGCAGCGAAGUCUGUUCUUGUGGCUUUCUGCUUCAUGAUGAGGCCAAUCAGAAUCCCCAGAGCCAAGGCUUCAGGAAGAGUCUGGUCUCAGUCAGAUGGACUGCGUCCAUAUGCCUUCAGAGGGCACUAGCUUUGGAGGUUCAGCUAUAGCCCUGUGUGCUUUGACCUUUUAGACUUUAUGUUGAGCGGAGAGAGUCUUUGCUGGUCUGGUUCGGUCUGUGUCCUGCUGCCUGUAAAUGCAUGCCUAUGGUUUUAUUUACGCCUGUCUGCUUGCCUCUUACAAACCGAAUUCUGCAUUUUUCACAAUUUUUCCACACUGUCUUGAUAUAAAAGCCCCUCCUCAUCUUCCCUUUUAGUUUACCCCAGGCUUAGAGAAUUGGGGAGGAGGUCUGAAGCCCUGGGAAUGGAUGAAGGACUGUGACUAAGAGCCUGUGAUCUACUGAGGUGGCUUUCUACCUCACCCCACAGAGCUGCCCUCGGUCGACAACCCUGCAAUCCCAGUAAGGAGAAACACACUACACAUACACAUGUACACUUGAUUAAGCAUUCCUGUGUAGAUAGGACCUAAGAAUUGACAGUAGGUCUUGGAACUAUCCAAACCCGUAUUUCCAGGGAGUCUGAGCAGUGGCGGGCCAAGGGCAGACAAGUACGUUCCUCACAGUGCUCUCUUUGCAGAGAGGCUCAAGAACAGCAGGUUUGGAAUGUUCUGUAAAUGUCAGAACUGGGGCUGGAAGUAUUUACCAGAGAAAUUGGGCUGUGUACCCAAGUGGUGGAGUGUCUUCAGAAAUGGGGAAACAUUUUGUUGGUGUAUGCAGAAGUUUAAUGUAGAUAUUUGAACAGGUGUUUGAAAGAAUCCUGCCUUGCUCCCCACCCCUUAAAUCUCUGUUAGGAGUUUUAUAUGUGAUGAAAAAAGUGUUUUGUUGCUUUUGUGUUCUGUUUGGGCGAGUCUCCUGUGUGCUGCCGUGUCAGCGUAGCUGAGUGGACACUAGCUGUGUAAAUAGCUUCUCAAGAGACAUUUAUAUGGAUAGCUGUGUGGCAUUUCCUUCCAUUAUCAAUGAGGACUCUUUGUGAAUGCCCUUUCUCUGUAGCUACCAAAAAAAAAAAAGGCCUGGCUUAUGGUCCCAUGUGACCUUGUGUCCGUUAAACCCAGAAUAUGAGUGCCUUUAGCAAGCGUUAGCAUUUCACAGAGGGUAGAGAUGACAGGAUUUACUGCCAUUAACCACUGUUCAUAAAAUAGCUUGAAAUAGCAACGGUCCUUGUGAAUUCUGUUCUGUGUCCGCCCCCCACCCCCACCCCCGUUUCUUAGUGUGGUCUCAAUUUGCUUUUGGGUAAAGUGUGUACUCUGGGUGGGAGCCCGGCUGCUGAGGUUGGCAGGAGUCGUCUCCGUGGCUCUGUUUGACGCCACAGAGGACUCAGAGCUUGAGAUGCUGAUGUUGGAAAAAAUUCCUACAGCGACCGUGCUCUGGCUUGGUUCAUCUGUAGAGUGGAGAGAAUUAUGUAUCUAAACACAGUGAGGCUCUGGGUCAUGCUGUACUCCAUCUGUGCAUGGAUAGAGGGACCUUUCCAAGCAAGCGUGAGGCCUUUGAAAAACGACAAUUUCCUUCCUUUGAUUAACUGAAAACAUUAAAAUUCCUGAGGUCUUUACAAUCUUCCAAACAUAUGAUUAAACCAAUAGUAACAUUUCCCUCAGAAUUUUAUUAUGAAGAAUUUUGGACAUUUGUCAAAGUGGAAAACAUUUUGGAGCACACCUAACUAUCUCCUACUGUUGACAUUUCCCCACUCGGGUUUCCUCACGUCUCCCACGAGCCCAUCGCGUGUUCUUCUGUCUGCCCGUCAGGACAGAUGGCUCUGUACACUCCAGACAGCGUCCAUACCACGAGUGUCACACACUAGGAUUUAAUAUUUAAAUGUUAAUGUCUUAGAAAGACCGCAUGUGUAGGCCUCUCCUGUGGAUAUCAGUCUUCCUUGUUUCUGUUCUUGAGUGUGCUUAGAGUUUCCAACGAGUCCGCAUCAGGUUACGUGGCCCACAAACGUUACCUUCCCUACAGGACUUGCUGUGAACUCCCAGGCGCUGUGACCACUCGCCUCCUAUGCCUGUACAUAGCAGGAUUAAACUCUGAGACAACAGUACUGUCUACUGCAGGUGGGCAAGCCUUAGAGCAGCCUACAGCCUCCCUCCAGUUGUGCUGGGGAGAGCUGCCGUCUGCCUCCAUCCUCUGCCCGCCUUCUGUGGCCAGCGCUGCAGAACCGAAGGGGUUUGCUCAGGUCGGGUAGAUUGGAUGUGGAGAACCAACUCACAAUCCAACCUGAGUGCUUUUAGGCUGUCACCUUAGGCUUCCAGUGUCACUGAACACUUCCUUUGUGCCCUUAGAAGGACUGUAUUUAUUUUUUACCAGCUAGGAUUUUAGUUUUAGACAUUUCACAGCUCUCUUCACACAGAGAUAGUCCUGUGGCUGGUUGUUGUUCUGUGAUGUCCCAUGUAGCUCAGGUUAGUCAAUUCUUCCCUGUAGCCAAGGAUGACCUUGAACUUCGCCCUGCCCGCCUCCUCCUGCCUCCACCUCCUGGUGCUGGGAUUACAGGCAUGAACCACCAUGCCAGGGUAUAAAUUGUAGUUUUAAUUGAGUCCAAAGCAAUUGCUAAAAUCUCACUGCACUGUUGAACACCAAUUCAUGCAGGGUCUGCCUGAUUGUUUUUUAUGACCACUCCGUCAACAUAAGUGCUUGCGUCACCCCCUCACUCGUGAAAAUGGUGUUCUCCAUCACUGACCCCUUUCAUGCACUUUCUACCUGAUGCUUUGUUGUUGUUGUUGUUGUUGUUGUUGGUCUUGAGAAAUGACUCCAUAAGUCAGGGUGAGCGAUACUGUCUUAGGGCAAAGCCCUCUCGGGGGGCAAACCCUCCCGGAAGUGGCUGGGCAUUGCUCUGCCUUCUUUUGGUAUCUGAUCACCCGCCAAAGGUUCUGUAAGCCCGUGUGUCAUUUUGUAAGUCUCACGUUGACUUGCUCACCUGUGGUCCUCCUCUCCCCCUCCAGUCUACUGCAGUGACCUGGUAUGGGUUUUGUGUGUCGCCUUUGAGAUGCCUUAUUGGGUGUGCUGGGCUCUGCUGUCAAGCGUCCCUGCUGUUCACUGAGACAGGCACGUCCUCUCUGGGUAUGUGCUCUUGAUCCGGAAGCAAAGCAGAUGUUGCUUUUGAUAUCAAGGGUGCGCUUUAAUACAGUUAUUGUCUUAAGUUAGACAUGAAGCAGGAAGCUGAGGGAGCGUGGAACCCUUCGUGUGGUCAGUGUGGCGAACCGUAAAUGUGCUUUUGCUGUUUCACUAGAGAGAAUGCAGCCGAGAAACACCAAUCCAGUCCGGAAAGUGGGGCUGUGCCCUAUCACGCUCCCCACUCGUCACUUGGCCGUUGAGAAUCUGAGCAGGCCAUUGUCGGGCAGCGGGCCAGUCUAAUGUUCUGGGGCUACAGAGCUGACUGACGUCACAGGAUUCAAACCAAUCAACUGUGAACUGUGAAGUUGAAAUUGCUCUUCUGGUUUUUUAUUUCCUUCAGCCUAAUAAAUACAGAAGUCUGAAUGUUACUGAAGCUUCUUACCCCACUUACGUUGACUCAUCCUGGCUGUGUACUCUCAUGUAUGUACUGAUUUCUGAUAAAGGCUUGAUGACAUUGUAACUGGCUUUUUUGUGUGUUCAGUUCAAUAAAAUGGUUUCUGAGUCUCGUCUCAAAA